AUGAGGGUGGCUCUCGACUCCUCAGCCCAACCUGCCAAAUCUGGACGAUCCACCGCCAUUCCCAACAUCCCAGACUCCGACUGGGAUAUGGAUGUUGACGAUUCUGACGACGAUGCCGACUACUCGCCGGAGGCAACGGAGAGCGACGCCGACUGGGAGGAGUUUGAUUACGUGUCGUCGCAUGACACGUCCAUCGACUCCGACGAGCCGUUGUCAGCUGUUGCACGUCGGUUUGCUAUGAGGAACGCUCCAGGGACUCCGGGUUUCGUCUGGAAGAAGAAGAGGCCUUUCGUGCGCCGUCACCCCUUCCAGGGCGUCCCAGGGGUCGAAGAAGCAUGCCUCCUGCAUGCCGACUCGACGGCAAGAGAGAUCUUGGACUGCUUCCUGACACCGGAAUUGUGGGACACUAUGACGAGGGAGACCAACCGGUAUGUGGAGCAGAGGCCGGUCACCCCAUCUUCACACAUGAAGACUUGGGAGAAUACGACUGUGGAGGAGCUGCAGUCAUUCAUUGGCCUCCGCCUGCUCAUGGGCCUGCAGCCGCGACCGCAUUCGCGGUAUUAUUGGUCGAAGAACCGGUUGCUUUCCUCGUCUGUGUUCCCUGAAACGAUGACCAGGGAUAGAUUUGAUUUACUGCAAAGUCGGCUUCACUUCUCGGACAACGAGGACCCCCGUGCCGACACCGACCGUCUGUGGAAGCUGCGACCGGUGUUGGAUAUCCUCGAUACGACGUUCAAGACGGUCUAUAUCCCUGACAGGAAAAUCGUGGUUGAUGAGUCGCUGUGGGCGUUCAGGGGACGUCACCACGCGAUUCAAUUCAACCCGACGAAGAGGGCGCGGUUCGGGAUGAAGCCAGGGGAAACCCUGGUGGAGGUCCGAAGCGUUUCUAACGUGCAAAUCGAUCGCCAGAGCUGAGUAUAGGGGCGAAAGACCAAUCCAACUAUCUAGUAGCUGGUUCCCUCCGAAGUUUCCCUCAGGAUAGCUGGCACUCGCAUCGAACGAGUUCCAUCCGGUAAAG